CUUUGUUGUUUGAAUCUUCGAACGCUUAUCACGACUCGCCGCUUGCAGGCGAGCCAUGCCUCAGCGACAUGAAUGGUAUCCUCCAGCCUUACGACCGUGGAACCUGAUCUUCACUAUGGUCCUUUGUUGGACACUCAUCGCCAUUUUACCGUACUAUCUUCAUAGAAGCCAGGCAGAUGAAGACAUCAUAUUUGCACUCGACAUCAACGAUAUUCCUCUGUCACAGACUUCCCUUUAUCGGUAUCAGCCUAACUACCCUUCUGGCCGUGAUUUUUAGCGUGUUCCGUUUGGAUCGACAACGACGCAAAACGCUAUGAGCAAUAUCGUCAAAUGUCAAAACCUGGCGGCGCGCUUGGUGAGGACAGUCUUUUGUUGCAAUAUCCG